UGUAUGGAUAGUCGAACGUGCGGCAUGUCCCAGAGAAACAUCAAGCGCCCAAUGUUCGAGGUCGAUCAGCAGCAGCAACAACAGCAAUCGCAGCACUCUUCGCAGAUCCAAAGACAACAGAGACAGGCAAGUCUGCGCAGUGUGUUAGGAAGGGGACCCGGAAAACGCGACAUCGUGCAAAAGCUAGGGACAGGGGAAAUCCAAGGCGGCGCUUACAGGUUGCCUAAGCAUCCACGAUCUUUCUUCCCUCUCUCCUGUGGCGGAGGGGGUCCUUGUUGAUAUUGCAUAGGAGGAGCUUGUUGAUAGGGACCUUGAGGAGGACCAUAUCCUUGGGGUGGUGGGCCGUAA